CAGUGCAAGUCCGAAGUCGGAAAAGUGGACCGCCAAACCGGCGUAAACGCGAUUUUUCUUAAGCAGCUUCCUUCCUGAUUCACUAGACAACGCCCACAUGAUGACAUGAUAAGCAGCUCAGCCGGGAUGCGUCAUGUGUCUCGACACCUUCUUCUUUCCACUGCCCCUCUACAUAACCUGACGAGCCCAAGCUUCAUCAUCCGGCGCACAAUGGCAACCCAGGGCGGCAGAACGUAUAACGAUGCAAUUGAUGCCCUAAACUCCCUCCAGACGCCCUUCGCCAUCAUCGAGGCCCGGCGCAAGGCUGGCAUCCGCCCUGAUGCCGCCUCCAUUGCCGAGAUGCGCAUCUACCUGCGGCGCAUUGGUCUGUCGCCCUCCGAUCUCGACCGUCUGAACAUCCUGCACGUCGCGGGCACGAAAGGAAAGGGUAGCACAUGCGCCUUCGCCGCCUCCAUCCUGCAGAGGUACCAGGACUCCCGCGGGGUGCCGAGGAAGAUCGGGCUGUUCACCAGCCCGCAUCUCAUCGCCGUGCGCGAGCGGCUCAGGAUCGACGGGAAGCCGAUCGCCGAGGACACCUUUGCCAAGUACUUCUUUGAGGUCUGGGAUCUGCUAGGACAGGCGGAGGAGCGCGAGAAGGAACACGACGCGAAUCACGCGGCCACGGAGCAUGAGAGGGGCGGUAUCCCCAUGGCUACGCGGCCGAUCUACGCGCGAUAUCUUACACUGAUGAGCUACCACGUGUACUUGAAGGAGGGCGUCGAUGUCGCCAUCUACGAGACGGGCAUUGGCGGCGAGUACGAUGCGACGAACAUCGUGGAGAGGCCCGUCGCGUCAGGUAUCAGCACAUUGGGUAUCGAUCAUGUCUUUGCUCUAGGGGAUACAGUGGACAAGAUUGCCUGGCACAAGGCAGGCAUCAUGAAGCCGGGUUGCGCAGCUUUUACAAUUGAGCAGGUGCCCGAGGCGGCGGAGGUAUUACAGAAGCGGGCUCAGGAGAAAGGAGUCGACUUGAAGGCUCUGGAAGUCGACCCGAGACUGCACGGGGUGAAAGUCCGUCCUGAUGCGCUCUUCCAAAAGAAGAAUGCCACUCUGGGUGUGGCCCUCGCCGAAACGGCACUAGAAAGGCUAGAUCCAACCUUUGUGCGCGAUCCGGAAAAGUUGCCUCAAGAGUUCGUAGAUGGCCUGGAACAAGUCGUCUGGCGGGGUAGAUGUGAAGUCAAGCCGGAAGGCCCAGUGGUGUGGCACAUUGACGGAGCGCAUACUGUUGACAGUCUGAAAACGGCCACGAAAUGGUUUGCAGGCGAGUGCUCCAGUCGAGAAGGACCCAAAGCCUUGAUAUUCAACCAACAGGGCCGAACAGAGGCAGUGGAUUUCUUGGAAGGAAUGAUUUCUGCUUUAAAGGACCAAGGACAAGGUACUUUUGAUCAUGUGGUGUUCUGCUCGAACAUCACAUACGCCGCGACUGGCUAUAAACGCGACUUUGUUAACCACCAGUAUGACCCGGACGCCAUUCAGAAGUUGACUGCUCAGCACCAAUUUGCAGACAAAUGGUCAGCGCUGGAUCCCGGCGCACAGGUUGUGGUCCUCCCAACGAUUGAAGACGCAAUCAACCAUAUUAGAAACCUGGGUGGACACGUCAGGGGCCAGGAGACGGUACAAGCACUUAUCACUGGCAGUCUACAUUUGGUAGGAGGAGCUCUGGGAAUUCUAGAAAAGGCAGACGCGCUCUAACGGGCACCGGCGGAUAGAAGGAAUAACAUUGAUACCCUCGAUUAGUAUAUAAUUCAACAUUAUCUCGGAGCGUCCGGC